CCCCCAGCCGAGACGCAACGCAACAGCAUUCUUCUUCUUCUUCUUCUUGUUCCCAUGAGAGACUCCUCUCCUAAUUAAACUAGUCUCAAAGUCAACUUAGUGAGACGACCUUAGUUUAAUGAAACGCAUGUUCGCACAAAUCCCCAUCUCUCCUAAUCCAUGCCGAACGAAGCACAAUUCAUGGGAUAUUCCCCGCAGAUUGUGCUGCGGACUGGACUCGGUUAGUAGUCAGUUAGUUAGUUUAUAAUCCCCGAAAAAUCAUCUCAUCUCCAAAGGGGAUCUAUCUAUCUAUUUAAACUGGAGGCCUCAACUCCAGCCUGCUGCGUCUCCAUUGCAUUCCAGACUCUUCUUCUUUCUGUUUCUCGAGCGAGUCAAGUUAGUUGUUGGGGGCGAGCGAGAACCAAGCAGGGGAGCCUGCCAGAGAGUCUAGACGGAAAGCAUGUCGUUGGGCGCUCGCCGGUGCCUGGGCCUGGUGGCGCUCCUCGCCGCGCUCCUGGCCGCCGACGCCGGGGUGACGAGCCCGUACCGGCGGAAGCUGGAGGCGACGGCGGACAUGCCGCUGGACGCCGACGUCUUCCGCGUGCCGCCGGGCUACAAUGCGCCGCAGCAGGUGCACAUCACGCUUGGCGACCAGGACGGCACGGCGAUGAUCGUGUCGUGGGUGACCCCCAACGAGCUGGGCAACAGCACCGUCAUGUACGGCGGCGCGCCGGACAAGCUGGAGCUGCGGGCGGAGGGCGUCCACACGCGCUACGACUACUUCAACUACACUUCCGGCUUCAUCCACCACUGCUUCCUCAAGAACCUCAAACACCGCACCAAGUACUACUACGCCAUGGGGUUCGGCCACACGGUGAGGACCUUCUGGUUCACCACGCCGCCAAAGCCGGGGCCGGAUGUGCCCUACAAGUUCGGACUCAUAGGCGACCUUGGUCAGACGUUCGACUCCAACAUAACUCUGUCUCACUACGAGGAGAACGGCGGCGAUGCCGUGCUGUUCGUGGGCGACCUCUCGUACGCCGACAACCACCCGCUGCACGACAACAACCGGUGGGACACGUGGGGUCGCUUCGCCGAGCGCAGCGUCGCCUACCAGCCCUGGAUCUGGACGGCCGGCAACCACGAGCUGGACUUCGCGCCGGAGCUGGGCGAGACGGCGCCCUUCAAGCCCUUCACCCACCGCUACCCGACGCCGCACCGCGCCGCCGGCAGCACGGAGCCCUUCUGGUACUCGGUGCGGAUGGCCUCGGCGCACGUCAUCGUGCUCGCCUCCUACUCCGCCUACGGCAAGUACACGCCGCAGUGGGCGUGGCUGCAUGAUGAGCUCGCCCGCGUGGACCGCAAGGUGACGCCGUGGCUCAUCGUGCUCAUGCACUCGCCCUGGUACAACAGCAACAGCUACCACUACAUGGAGGGCGAGACGAUGCGGGUGCAGUUCGAGCGCUGGCUCGUGGACGCCAGGGCCGACCUCGUCCUCGCCGGCCACGUCCACUCGUACGAGCGCAGCCACCGCGUGUCCAACGUCGCCUACGACAUCAUCAACGGCAAGUCCACGCCGGCGAGGGACGUGGCGGCGCCGGUGUACGUGACCAUCGGCGACGGGGGGAACAUCGAGGGCAUCGCCGACAACUUCACGCAGCCGCAGCCGAGCUACUCGGCGUUCCGGGAGGCCAGCUUCGGGCACGCCACGCUCGAGAUCAAGAACCGGACGCACGCCUACUACGCCUGGCACCGCAACCAGGACGGCGCAAAGGUCGUCGCCGACGGCGUCUGGCUCACCAACAGGUACUGGUUGCCCACACAAGACGACACCAACUGAUGGAUGCUGCUGCUGAGGAUCCGUUGUACUCCUGCAAGAGCAAGCUAGUUCCUUUUAGUUAAUUUCUUCUUCUUUCCGACGGCGACGAUCCUCUCCUGACAGCUAGGCUGAGAUCGAUGAGCGAGCCAGCUGGUAACUAAUGAUCCAUUUGGAAAUUAAACUAGCUCCGAUUCACGAAAAGUCGAAAAAUGCAUGGCAACUCUCAUCUUGUGAUGAGGAUGAUUGUAAUGAAUGAUGAAUGGAGAUUUCAGCAUACUCAUUUUA